UCCGACCUUGAUAUACUUUUCGUGGUGAACGACAUAAAAUCUAUUCAGGACCUUAUGAAGAAAACAAAACAAAUAAAGCACGAGCUUCAUAACGCACUCUGUUGUGGAUCAUUUUCUUCAGUUAAUGGACCACUGUCAAACGAGGAAAAGGCACAACGGAGACAACUGAAGAAAAAUUAACCUUUUAAAGUGUCUAAUAUUAGGAGGACACCAUUUACGGUUUCCUUUACCAUGACGUUACCAGAUGGUACCAGUAUGCCUGUUGAUUUAAUUAUCGUACCAAAUUUAUCAAGCAGUGGCAUGGCUGGAACCUUCUCUCCAGAGAAUUUGACAAAUAUAUAUCGAGAAAUGAAAGCACACCCAGAACAGAGAGAUUAUUAUGCCAAAUGUUUAUCGCCGGUUCAGGUGUCCUUUGUGAAAAGUCAACCAGAAAAAGUAAAAAGAGCCAUUCGGGUGACAAAGGACUGGGCAAAAUCAAACGAGCACAAACUGCCUUCGUAUGCCAUUGAACUGUUAGCUAUAAAAACGUACGAGGAUUUUAACAGACCACAGCCUGGUGGAAUUACAGAAGAAAAAAUUGUUAACGGAAUAUUUGAAAAGCUAAAAGAUUGCAAGAAUAUGAAGGUUGAGUGGAAUACAAACUACAACCUUGACGAUUAUGGAAGACCGGAUGGUCCAUACAUAAUGGAUCCAGCUAAUCCUUAUCACAAUCUAUUCCGUCCAAAAACAGAGCAGUAUUGGAUCAAUCGUAAUGAAUCAGAAAGAGUUGUUCUCAGUGAACCGGACAUUUCAAGACUAGAAAGUGACGCAGCUGUUGCUUUAGAAAGUAUGCACUAGGUCACGUAUGUGGUGACUGAUUUCA